AUGCAUCGCUUCCAUAAUCACAGGCAGCCGGCAGGGGCGCUGUUCCUGGAGGGUUUGUUCACAUUCCUACCGCAGUCGUCAGCAAUUCCGAACCCGCCCAUUGGACCAAAGACGACUAAGCGCGACCGGAAGCUCCUGCAGAAGCGCCAGUUGCAGCUUCAAGACGCCCAAAGUUCUCUGGUCAUGCAGCAGCUGAGCCCCAGCGCAUUAAGCCACCUCAGCUCGGAGCCAUCCACAUUCGGAAGCAGUUUCGAAACGCUGGGGGUCCUGCUGAUGGUGCUGCUCGUGGGCCUUAUCGUACACUUCACACUGGGCCCCCUCAUCGGGCUGUGGCAGGAAAUCCUGCUCUUCACCUUGGGCCCUAUGGUGGUGAUGUGGGCCCUCUCGCAGCUCAUCAUGGUCGAGUGCGGGGGCUCCCUCCGCCGCCUGAUGCCGGGGGGGGACAGGUUCAGGGUACUGGUGCUGGCGGGUUUGGGGGGACUGGCGGCGUACGGCAUACUGAUGGCGGCACCGCCGGGCUGGAUUCGGUGGGACGUACGCGAGGCAGCCAAGCACCUUGACCAAUUUGUGAAUGUUGGCGUCGCUCGGCUGCUGGCUGCCCGCGUACGGCACUACCAGCCGCCGCCGCCCCUCCACAGCGACCCGGGGCUGGUAGCGGGCGGCCUGGCGGUGGUGGCGGGACUGCUGGGUGCAGCACUAAUGGGUCCGGCCGCCCGAAUAGCCAAGCUGUACAGCUACACCAGUCCCGUUCCCUUCUGGGCGGCGAAGUACCUCACACCGCAUCCGGCCGCAAAAGCCGCCGUACAUCUCUCGCUCGUCCUGCCGCUGCUCGUCGUGCUGUACGGCAUCGUGCCGAUGUCGGACUUUUUGGCUCCGUUGACGGCGGCCGCAGCGCUGGGCCCGGCGCUGGUGGUGGCGGCGGCGGCGGCGCAACUGUUUGCCAUACGGCCGCUGGCGGCGGCGCACCUGGGUGGCGGGUUGCUGGAAUGGCAUGUGUUACGGCACGAGGCGCUACCCGGGGGCGGCGGUGGUGGUGCUGGCGGGAAUACGGCAUUGCAGGGCGCUCGGGAGGUGUUGAUCCGGAAGCGGCUUCACCUCGUAUAUGCGACAGUUUGUCAGGUCGCCUUGCAGCUGCUGGCCCCCGCCGCCAUCCUCGCGUGCCUUGCCCUCAUGUACGGCGGGGCCUCCGGGGUGAUGGACUCCUUCCGGCCCGCGCAGCCGCUACUACUCGUCGGCAAGGCGACAGCGGCAACCUCACCGCCGCAGCAGCAGCAGCAGCCGGCAGUUGGGCCCCCGCCAGGAAGUCAGUCGGGGAUGGGGAUUGAACUCGGGUUGCGCGACGGCCUGGCGGCUGCGGCGACUGCGCAGCCGGGGCUGACGGCAGUGGCGGCAAGCGACGACGUCUUUCUUGACGGCCUCGACGGCAUGACGUCAUCAGAGGAAGCUGCCGCUGCUGCUGCUGCUGCUACAGCCUGGUCGAUUGGGAGUGUUCAUGAUGGUGGUAGUGGUAGGGGUAGUGGUAGUGGUGGCGACGUUGGGCAGGGAGUGCCAGUGCCGCUUCUGCCGCUGGACUUCGUGUCGUUUGCGUCCAGCUUCCUGUCUUGGUGGUGGUGUUUCGUGAUGUGUUUGUUCACCUACCCGCUGCUGUUCGUGUACCGAACCGGGCUGCAUGUGGGCUGA